AUGUCGGCGGGCGGCCCUUGCCCGGCGGGAGCCGGCGGCGGCCCAGGGGGCGCCUCCUGCCCUGUGGGGGUCUCCCCUGGCGGGGUAUCCAUGUUCCGGUGGCUUGAGGUGCUGGAGAAGGAGUUCGACAAGGCCUUCGUGGAUGUGGAUCUGCUUCUGGGCGAGAUCGAUCCGGACCAGGCGGACAUCACUUAUGAGGGGCGUCAGAAGAUGACCAGCCUUAGCUCCUGCUUUGCGCAGCUUUGCCACAAAGCCCAGACUGUGUCCCAGAUCAACCACAAGCUUGAGGCACAGUUGGUGGAUCUGCGAUCUGAAUUGACAGAGACUCAAGCAGAGAAAGUUGUCCUGGAGAAAGAAGUCCACGACCAGCUCUUACAGCUGCACUCCACUCAGCUUCAGCUUCACGCCAAAACUGGUCCAAGUGUUGACUCUGGUGCCAUUAAGGCAAAAUUGGAAAGAGAACUUGAAGCAAAUAAAACAGAAAAGGUAAAAGAAGCUCGACUUGAAGCUGAAGUGAAGCUACUAAGGAAGGAGAACGAGGCUCUUCGCAGGCACAUAGCUGUUCUCCAGGCUGAAGUUUAUGGGGCGAGGUUGGCUGCCAAGUACUUGGAUAAGGAGCUGGCCGGCAGGGUCCAACAAAUACAACUGCUGGGACGAGAUAUGAAGGGACCUGCUCAUGAUAAGCUCUGGAACCAGUUAGAAGCUGAGAUACAUUUGCAUCGCCACAAAACAGUCAUCAGAGCCUGCAGAGGGCGCAACGACUUGAAGCGACCCAUGCAAGCACCCCCAGGCCAUGAUCAAGACUCUUUGAAGAAAAGCCAGGGAGUUGGUCCAAUUAGAAAAGUUCUCCUCCUUAAGGAAGAUCAUGAAGGCCUUGGCAUUUCUAUUACAGGUGGGAAGGAGCAUGGUGUUCCCAUUCUCAUCUCUGAGAUCCAUCCAGGACAGCCUGCGGAUAGAUGUGGAGGGCUGCAUGUUGGAGAUGCUAUUCUAGCAGUAAAUGGAGUCAACUUAAGGGACACAAAGCAUAAAGAAGCUGUAACCAUACUUUCCCAGCAGAGAGGAGAGAUUGAAUUUGAAGUAGUCUACGUGGCUCCUGAAGUGGAUUCUGAUGAUGAAAAUGUGGAGUAUGAAGACGAGAGUGGACACCGCUAUCGCUUGUAUCUUGACGAGUUAGAAGGCAAUGGUAAUUCUGGUGCUAGUUGCAAAGACAGUAGUGGCGAAAUGAAAGUGUUACAAGGGUAUAACAAGAAGACAGUGAGGGAUGCACAUGAGAAUGGGGACGUGGGGGCUUCAGGUGAGAGCCCUCUGGACGACACUGCUGCAAGAGCGGCUCAUCUGCACAGCCUGCAUCAGAAGAAGGCCUACUAAUCCAUCCCAGAUAUGCUGCUUGUCAGACUCGUGGAAUGUGGGGCACUAGAGAAGAUGGUGACAAAGACUGCACAAGAUCAGGGAGGCUGUGUGUUGCCUAGAGAAAGGCGGGAACCUCAGGGCUUCAUGUGAACAAUUCUAAGUGCAUAAACCCCUGUUGUCUGUGGUAUACCUUAAUUAGCUAUUGCAUGGAAGGCAAUUUUGAGUUUCCUGGAAUCUAAGCACCAAAGCAUGUGUUUCCCAAAGGGAUAUUACUAGGCUCUUACAGGCCGAAUGGAUGCUAUUUCAUUUGGCUCCUUUUCAUAUUUAACAGGACAGUGCUAACUGGAAUCUUCUAAGUACCCUUUAAGUACAGCAGAGUAAAUGAUACCACAUAUUCCCUAAGGAUAACUGUGGAAUUUCAGAUGACAGAACUUGACUCAGUGAAUUGCAAAAAUCUAGGUUGACAUUUUUGCUUAACUGAAAAAUUUGUUUCCGGUUUUUUUUUUUAAAAAGUGUGUUGUACAUUCCUGAUGUCUAAAUUAAUUACUAUCCAAAUCAUUAUGAUGAGUUCACUCUCCAGUUUAUUCAACUGCAGUACAAAAUGGGUUUCUUUAGGCAAUCCUGUAUCAAUCAAUGCUGCUCUAGAAAUAGUUUGAGAAAAGUUACUGUGCAUUUGACUUUGGAUUUUUAAAGGAAACGCAGAUGAGUGGAAAAUACCUGUUUUCAAUUAUGUUGAUCUGUGUGCAUGGUAUUGGAGCAUUACACUGUUAGUGUUUAGUCCCAAAUGUUAAUUGUCUGGAAUCCACAAAAGACAGUUUUAUACAUUUUUGAGUUGUUCCCAAGCUUUGUCUUGUGAUAGUCAGGGACAUUAAUAUGUCAUGAAAUACAUUGUGUUCAAACAGCAGUUGGCUUUAAAUACCUGACUUGCCAAUCAUUUAAAAAGCCAGGGGCCAAGGUGGGCAAGAUGAGGCAAAGACAUUUUGGUACAUUGAGCGUAUUAGUUUUCAUAUCAGUAUAUGUUUGACUUAGAGCAAUACUCGUGUGCAGACUCUGUAAAUGUAUUAGUUCUCUUGUAUCAGAACUAAGCACAGGGUACCUGCUCCUUUCUUUCCUGACCAUUGCACCCUGCUGGGCAAAGUCAAAGUACUGUAUUUAAAAAGGUGUGAUUUUUGCUAAGUCACUGUUUUAAAGGAUUUAUACCUAAGGGAAUCUUAAGUGGGAAAAGCCUACAUAUAUAGGACUUUUACAAUAUCAGUAUCUUCUUUCUUGGUAUGCUUGUUUUUCCCAGAUGCAUUAUAUAUUUGUUCAAAGUUAAAUCUAUAAAUUGUAUAUACUUUAUUUUGUGAUUUUGCUAUUUAUAAAUUUACUUUUUAACUGUUGCUCAUUUCUGGUCUAUGGGUGGUUUCAUUCUUCAUAGUAUCACCAUGGUAACUGGUAACUAGAAGUGCACUUUGUAUGUAUAUUGUUACUGAUGCUGAGAUACCUUGUAGUGUAACAUUGCUUGUAAACAAGGUUAGUAUUUUAAUUGUACAAAUGAAUAAACACGUUACAUAUUGCUGUUUGCUCCUAACAGGCUAGGCCUCUUAAAAGAAAGAUUGGUUUUUCCUCAUGUAUUCCUCCCACUCCAAACACGUACCCAAUGCAUGACUUGAGACCUUCAAAGUAGGUGAUAGCCAGUGUAUUAUUUAAGAAAAAAAUAUCCAUGGUUAACAGAUAUGAAAACAUUUGUGCUCUGACCUGAAGCCAUGUUGUCCUUAUAUGCUUUCAACAUUGCCUGGGAAUGACCAUGGCCAUUUUCUUUUCCUUUUUCUUCAGAGAUUAUAUACCUUCUGUACUAUGACAGAAUCACUAGGAAAUGUAAGCUAUAACCCUUGGAGUUUUUGUUUUUCAAGAUCUUCACAGCAAAUGUGGAAGCAGAAUUUUAGAAAAUGGAUAAACAUUUUUGUGUGUUGCCUAUGAGGGUCUGUGUGAGAUGGGUACCGAAUAUAUUAAGAAAGAGUAGUUUAUAGUUCUGCAGGUCAGUCUUUACAGCUCUGCUUUCUGGUUUGGAAGCAUAUGAGAACACAGUGGCUGCUCUGAGAGCAUCCUGGUACUUCCCCAGGCCCAGCUGGGAGUUUACUUCAGAAUGUGUGGUUUCUAGGGAUGAACAAGGUAGUCAGACUUCUCCCAAAGUGCUAAGUGAAAAGUAGUUUUUAUAUUUCACAUUCAUAGGAAAGAUGCCCAUAUAACACUGAAUCUUCUUGAACAAAGCCAAAAAAUGGGAGGGGGAAAGCUGUUGCAAAGCCAUCACAAUGAAAACAUGUUGAAUAGAGCAUGAGAGGGGUGUGUGCAGACGUAUUCACACUUGUUCUGCGAGACUGUGUUGUGCAGUUCUCUGAUCUGAACAUGACGGAAAUGACACAUUUGGCUGAGGGAUUAUUGUUAAAUUACAUUAUGAGAGAUGAAGAGCUUGCGAGUCUGUUGAUUAGAACGGAACAAUUACAGAUAACACAACCUGUCCAUGGUGCUGGAAUCUUCCCCACAGCGUUGGGCUUACAUUGUUUUCAUAUUUUAAAACAAAAAUAUAUUGAUUCACAUAUAAGGUGAUUUAUGAUAAUUGUAUUAUAUCUAGUUGAGUUUCAUAUUCUUAAUUAGGCUGUAAAUAAAAAAUGACAUAUUCUCCAUUAAAGUGGUAUUGAUCAGAUUUGAAGGAAAAUAAAUGUUUUCUUCUUCAUUCACACUAAA